UGGUAUAUUGCUAAAAGCGGCUUAAAUCUACACUCAUUCACCCACUCACUCACUUCAUAUAUGUUCACCGCUAUGUUUCGUCCUGCACCCGAUGGAAUCGUUUUCCGUGGAUAAUCGAGACUGGUUAACGUUAAUCUCUGGCGUUGGGUUUAAUUAUUUAUGACAUCUACAAACUGUAGAAUCGUUUACCUAAAAUACACGUCCGCGUUCCAUUUGUGCGCGCUUGUAUAACACAAGCAAGAAAAGCAAAUAGACGCAUUCGUAGGUCGACCAGUACAUAGCCUCCUCUCUUCAUGAAUGUCCACGUUCAGGGCUAAAUAGCUACACAAGUUGGCCCUUCUAAGGGGUAUUUAUCAAAAGCGGCGUUUUGUUUGAGACUGCGAGUGGAAUCCUCGGGCAGUGUCGAUACAUACAGGUGAGGACGACAGUCAGGUAUCUGGUCAGCUGCACACGUCAGAACAGGACUAAAGCAUGGCAUCCCUAGAGAAUAAAGUUAUCAUAAUCACAGGAACCAGCUCUGGUAUUGGUGCCCAGACCGCCCUCUAUCUGUCCCAGUACAAGCCCAGACUGGUUCUGGUGGCUCGGCGCCAAGAGCUGCUGGAGAAGGUGGCGGCACAAUGUAAGGACAAGGGACUUCCCCAGGACAAGAUUCUAAUCCUGCCUGCUGACCUGUCCAAGAUGGAGGAUUUGGAUAAGAUUGUUUCUGAGACGAUAAAAAAGUUCGGCCAAAUCGACGUUCUGGUCAACAACGCAGCUGCAAUGGCCGGUAUGACUGGAGUGGGCAAGUACACACCCGAGGCGUACCAGAAGAUAAUGGACGUCAACCUGAAGGCUCCCAUGUUCCUCUCACAGGCAGCUGUGCCGCAUCUGAAAAAGACUAAAGGGUCUAUUAUCAACAUUUCGAGCACAGCGGCAACUGAAGCAACGCCAUUCUUCACGAUAUACUGCGCCAGCAAGGCAGGACUGGACCAGUUCACCAAGUGCCUAGCUCUCGAAUUGGCUCCAUUUGACGUCAGAGUCAACUCAAUCAGACCCGGGCUGAUCUUGACAGACACGAUGACCAGCAUCCCGAACAUGGCAGAAAAAGUAAGAAUGAAGGAAAUGGGAAAGUCUAGUCAGCCACUCCGAGGUGCCGGGGAGGGUGUGGAUAUUGCCAAAAUCGUCAAGUUUCUGGCCAGUGACGACGCUGGCUUCAUGACCGGAGAAAGUAUGUACGUUGACGGCGGACGCCAUCUUAUUGGCGCGUCGGCAUCUGUGAAGAUGGGUUAGGACCAUCACGACUAUCCAUGACUUGACACUGUCUAACUCAGGGCGAUCACAUUUUCUCUCAUUAUUUGAUUUCUAGCGAUCCAGCAUCUUAGGCUUUUGUCCUCCCAUGCAAUGGUUCAAGAAUAUUGUAGUCCAAUAGCAGCAGCAGAAACAACAGCAAUAGCAACAACAGCAACAUCAGCAACACUAUAUAAUAAUAAUAAUAGUAGUAGUAGUAAUAAUAAUAAGCAGAAGAUUAGAAAAGAGAGAAAAUUGCACUCGUUUUAAAUUGUUUGAGACAGGACGGUAAGAUAGAUAUGGUUAUAUGUUUUCAUUUGGCUUUUUGGGUGUUUCUUAUGUCGCUUUUAAUGUGCUUGUGAACAUAAUUUACCCCGACACAAGUCUGCUUUCUCAGAUCACCCCAUUGUAUUCGGAUCACCCCAAAUGAUCAUAUAUCCUGUCAUGUUUUCCAGUUGUGGUGAUAAGGGCCCUUAAGUCUCGCGAGGCGCUACUUCCGGUAAUGGUUUUCCGGUGACAUGCAUGUAUUGAAGAACCGGUUCUGGUUCCAAAUUACGCGACCGCAAAAUGUGACUUCACUAGACUGGACCAAGUGUACUACCACGCUUGGCUGCACAGCCGUUGACAGAUAUACACGUGCUCUUCAUACACAGUCCAAGUGUUUUUGUAGCCCGUUGCAUGUCAACUGUGGUCUGAGUCAGACUGAGCUAUUGCCGCACUCUCCUACCCAGAGUUCCAUGCGGCCAGCCAGCAUAGUACCUCAUUCGUCACCACUCGCCCCUUUCCGUAAACUCGCUAUUCGGCUUGUCCCGGAAUAAUACGAGU